AUGGCCACCGCUACUGCGCUCAGCACCGGGGCAUCCUCGUCGACGCACACCAGAAGCAAUCUCGGCCCGCUUACAACCACCUUUGUAGCCCCGAGCUACUGCAACAACAUCAUCGCGGGCGAUGCAUUGUCGGGAUACGGCUGGCAAGCCCAGUCGUGCCGCGGCACCGUAGUCAGAGACGACACUUCCUGUUGGCCGACUACAACGCCAGGUGCUCCCGCUUCCUCCACGAUACUUGCCGGUUGGGGCUUCUACUCGCCGGGAAUAGUUUGUCCCAGUAACUAUGUUACGGCAUGCUCCAAGUCUAUCGGGCAAGACGGGGGGUUCGACUUUCAAUUCGGCUUGAUCUCUUCAGAAACCGCGAUAGGCUGUUGUCCGACUGGCUAUCAGUGUUCGUUUGACAGUGGUGGUCGUAUUCAGACAUGUAUCAAUAAGGUGUCUUCCACGUCCAUUCUGACUGGGACGUGUCUGAGUGAUAGUUCCGUGAACUACGCUUUCAAAACUCUGCCUUUCGUGGCGCUCUCUCCGACAUCGAGUGGCGACCCAGCCUCGACGACAACAAUUGCGAGUUAUGUGAUGUUUGCUCCCCUGUUCCAGCUCGUGCACAAACCGGAAGAUCUGCCAGCCACGGCGACGGGGGUAACCUCGGCGGCACCCACCAGCUCAGGGAAUGCCACUACGGACCCGAGCCCGAGCUCAAGCCCUGGCAGCGGUCUCUCGUCGGGCGCGGCAGCCGGAAUAGGCGUGGGCGCGGCAGCAGCCGUUAUCAUCAUAUGCAUUCUGGCUUACUUCCUGUGGCGGUCGAGGAAGAGGAGACAAACGCCAGAGCUCGACAGCACCGCGCCUGCGCCCAUGGCACAAUAUGGGCAGCCGACGCAAGGCGGGUAUGCACAGUCAGCUGGUCAUACACCGGUAUAUUCAGAGUUGUCACCACAAGACGGCGUGAAGCCUCAGGAGCUGGGUAGCCAUUACGUUCCGGUUGAGCUAUCUGGUAAUGAUGUCCACUUCGGACAUUCGCCAGCGACUGAUUAUCGGUCGCAUUCAGAGAUGGCUGCUUAUCCGGGCCAUCGACAAUGA